AUGGUGACCAUGGAGUUUAACUUUCGGGCAAUGGGAAUAUGCCUAUUUUUGGCUUUUAGUUUGUCAUUGUCCAAUACCCAGCCAAGUGCUCACCGUAUUAGAAUUGGUAAUCCUCGCCUGUUCUGCGGAACACAGAGCCUCCGAUAUGUUGUCUCCGGUAAUCUUCCAAGAAAUGUUUCUAUGAGAGUAAGUGCUUUAGGUAAGUCAAAUAAAUAAUGGUUUUAUAGUGUUCUAUUUAGGAAGAUGGAACGUUUGCAUUCACCAAACUGAAAAAUGACAAAGGAAUUGCAAAUAUUAGACCAAAAUGGCCGUUCUCUCUUCUAUUUCCAGUUUGGUGAAUAAACCUCUGCUUCGUGGACAUUGUCAUCAAAUAUGACUUGCCUUCUAAAGAUUUAUACAAAAUCCAAAAACGGAGUACAGAAUUGUAAAGAUAAACUUUUAAGGUAUUCACUAAAACAAGAAUUCAAAGUGAAUCCAAAAGGAAUUUCAUAUUUAAGGCUAAAAUAGUCAAAUUGGAAAAACUCCAAGUCAGUGAUGCUUUCUGCUCUGCUACUUUGGCCUAACUGUGGAUCAUUUGGAAUUCAAAAUGAAUUUCCAACUUUAGGCCAAAAUAAUGAUCUUUGAACACUUCUAAGUCAGCCACGAGUUCAGCUAGUUUCUCCUAAUCUGUGAAAUUCAUAUUUAAGUCUCAGCAAUUUACUGCUUUGUGAAGAACUCUGUGAUCCCAAGAUAAUGGAAGAAUAUGGGAAUUUGAGUUUUUCCAGUGCUGCUCUUUUGAACUAAAUGCUGCAGUUUGGAUUUCAAUUCCAAAUUUUUAUGAACUUAAAUGGGGAAAAUGUGUUUAAUGCUUUAGAUGCACUUUAAAUUCGUAUCUGCUAAAUAUUAUUUCUACAAGUAUUCAACUAGAAUGAUUUUUUGUUUUUGUGGUAUGAAGGCAGCACUUUUGUUUUUUUUUUUAUAUAUAAAACCCACUCAGCAUAGCUAUCUGUAACUUAACCUAGACAGUGUGCCUAAUGUACAGUCAUCUGCAAGUUCCAUCAAUGUUUAGCCAUCGCCUUAAUGCACAAUUAUGGAUUCUUUAUAUUUCUAUAGACCAGAAUGGAAAGCUUCAACAUUUAUCCGUGCACAGUGCCUGUGGGACAAGUGUCAGUGAGAACCCUAAUGAGUCUGUGACUAUCGCUGCUUCCUAUAAAGGAUGCUUUGUUCUUAAGCAGGUGGGUAACCUAAAGUGUGCAAUUUAUUCACUGACACACCUGCAGAAGGGGAUUUCAAUAUCAGUUUUAAAGAAAACUGGCUGAAAACUGUAGGAUUUGUUUGGGGUUUUUGUUGUGUGGUUAUUUUUAUUUACUUUUUAUAAUAUAAGUAUGUUAUUUUUUAGUAGUAGUUUAAUAUGUCAGUGAUGAUUUAACGUGCAUGAUGGUUGUGUAAAAUCAUUUAACUAAAUACGCAAUUUCCUCAGCAAUCCCGAUACAUCAUGACUAUCUCUAUUGAGAGGGAGGUUUCCCGGGGAAUGUACAGUUUCCCACAAUUGGAAAUGCUGGAGUGUCCAGUGUUUGAAGGUAAGCUCUGGUGUGUUUUGUAUGACCCAGUAUCUUCAUGAAUUGAUCAUUUAUAGUCGCUUUGAAAGUGCUGGCAUGCAGCGAUUGGGGUUGUAGUUAAUCGAACAAGAGGCAACAUUUAUCCUAAAAUAGCAAGCCUUUCACUCUACAGCGGAGUUGGCGAAUUUUGCCACCUCUGGUAUUUCUGCCUAAAUUUUGCUAUUUGGAAGUCAGUUUGCUGCAAUUCAAAGGUUAAUGAAUAACCCAAACUGUCUUUUUGGUAUGGCUUUCAUAUAUCCAUGUGUUAACGUUGGCCUGUAUUCAUUAGAAGAUCCAAACAUCUGGUUUAAAGCAGCCCUAUCACCAGAUUGUACAAUGCUAUUAGUUAAAGUCUUUAUGAAGAAAUACUCACACUGGCUGUAUUAGUGUCUCAUUAAAAUUCCAACAGGGUCAAAAGAUAACCGGAAGCAAAGUAAGGACUGCUCUGUCUUAUGGGCAAGCCAUGGGUGCCACCAUCUUCAAACUUCAGUUUCUGGCUCUUUUGCCAGGAGCCCAUGUUUGUGCAGUGCUCUCGCCAGGGCUGCCUUAAAUAUUGAUUGGCCCCCUAGACCCUGCCCCCGCCACCCUCCCUCACUCCCUGGCAUGCAAUCACACCAUAUACCCCAAUGCAGUGAUGGACUAAAUAGAAAUAGCCCUGAUACAAGAAUUUAUUUUAACCCCCAUUGCAAGGGUGGCCGAAGGCAGAUCCUUAUUUAUCAUGCAACUCCAACAAUGCUUUGAUACCAUUUUCCAAUGCGUGCAAGGUUGGUAUUUAGCACUGAGCCGUUUUUCACCAAGAUCUUGUAUUGAUGAUGUGAGAGUCAGACCACUGUGCAAAGCCUUCUCCAGCGCAUCUCAAAGAUUCUCAAUGGGGUUAAAGUCUGGAGUCUGUGGUGGUCAAUGAAUCCAUGUGUGAAAAUGAUGUCUCAUGCUUCCUGAACUACGCUUUCACAAUUUGAGCGAGAUGAAUCCUGGCAUUGUCAUCUUGGAAUAUGCCCGUGCCAUCAAGGAAGAAAAAAUCCAUUAAUGGAAUAACCUGGUUAUUCAGGUAGUCAGCUGACCUCAUUCUUUGGGCAUUUAAUGUUGCUGAACCUAGACCUGACCAACUGCAGCAACCCCAGAUCAUAGCACUGCCCCCACAGGCUUGUACAGUAGGCACUAGGCAUGAUGGGUGCAUUACUUCAUCUGCCUCUUUUUACCAGACAAUGGUUGCCCACGAUUCUUCCAGUUUUUAAUAAUGUGUUGGACAGACCUUAACCCAAUUUUAGUAGUUUUUGCUAUCUCCUUUUAGAUGUUUUCUCUGCUUGAUGCAUGCCACAGGUUGUCUUUCAACAUGGUUGUUUAAGAAAUGAGGAGCUACUCAUUGCAUCAGUUGGGAUUAAAUAACUUGUUGCCAGCUGAAAGAUAAUCGCUCAUGCAGUAAUGAUCCAAUCAGAGACUCUUGCCUAUUUGCUUAGUUAAAUCCAAGUGGCGACUUUUUUUUGUUGGCCAGACAGUGUAUGUAUAUUAUUGGUAUUUAACAUCAAAAUAUGUGUGUUUUUAUAUGUAGUGUUGAAGUUGGAAUGCAGUGGUGUAUUUGUAUGUAGUGUUGCCACACACUGAAACACAUGCAGAUACACAGACAGUGGUGUACAUACCGGGGUCUGGCCGCCCUGCAACCUGGUAUGUACGCCAGUGUGGCCAGCCUCUUCUCCUGGGGGGGCCCCAGAGCUGGCCACCUCUGGGCCCCCCGAGGCUGGCCCUGGUGUCACCAGGCGGCCAGUCCUGCGGGUGCGCGAGGGAGCACUCCCCUGAGCUCUCUGCCCGGCUCCCUCGCGCGCACCGCACUGAUGCCGAAGCAGGAAUAUGACAUCAUGCUCCGGCACAAGUAAGCAGUGCGCGAGGGAGCCAGGCAGAGGGUGCUCAGGGGAGUGUUCCCUCGUGCACCCGCAGGACCGGCCGCCUGGUGAGACCAUCUCUCUAAAAGAAAUCAUGAUUCAUUAGAUCAGCCAACAAUCUUCCAUUGCCCCAUGACCCAGUUCUGACAGACACCCCCAUUGAAGGUGCUUUUGGCAGUGGAGAAGAGCCAUCAUGAUCACUCUGACCGAUCUGUAGUUAUGCGGCAAACUGCGAUCUGUGUUCUGACACCGUUCUUUCAUGGCCAGCAUAACGUUUUUCAGCAAUUUGAGCUACACUAGCCUUUCUGUGUGAUCGGACCAGACUGGCAACACAUGAAAUUAAAGGAACGCUAUAGUCACCUAAAUUACUUUCGCUAAAUGAAGCAGUUUUAAUGUAUAGAUCAUUCCCCUGCAAUUUCACUGCUUAAUUCACUGUCAUUUAGGAGUUAAAUCACUUUGUUUCUGUUUAUGCAGCUCUAGCCACACCUCCCCUGGCUAUGAUUGACAGAGCCUGCAUGAAAAAAAAAACUGGUUUCACUUUCAAAAGAUGUAAUUUACCUUAAAUAAUUGUAUCUCAAUCUCUAAAUUGAACUUUUAAUCACAUACAGGAGGCUCUUGCAGGGUCUAGCAAGCUAUUAACAUAGCAGGGGAUAAGAAAAUCUUAAUUAAACAGAACUUGCAAUAAAGAAAGCCUAAAUAGGGCUCUCUCUUUACAGGAAGUGUUUAUGGAAGGCUGUGCAAGUCACAUGCAGGGAGGUUCAUAAACAAAGGGAUUUAACUCCUAAAUGGCAGAGGAUUGAGCAGUGAGGCUGCAAGGGCAUGUUCUAUACACCAAAACUGCUUCAUUAAGCUAAAGUUGUUCAAGUGACUAUAGUGUCCCUUUAAAGAUCUGGCUGUUCACUUGCUGCCUAAUAUAUCCCACCCCUUGACAGUUGUCACUAUAACAAUCUAAUCCAUGCUAUUCACUUCAUCUGUCAGUGAUUCUACCAGUCUUACUGGAGUAGUGAAACGGUUUUGACUUCACUGUUAUGCAUUAUGAUUGUACCUAGGGAAGAAUUCUAAUAGUGGAACUGUCACCAUGGAAACCACUGAAUAAUGCUCCACUUCUAGAACCUUGUUCCAGAACUGCUCUCCAUCCAUUCAUAAUUUCAUAUGGAACUAGUUAACUGCCUUUUGUAUCCAAUCAUAAAAGUAGGAGGGAGACUUUUAACGUGUGUUUAACUUGAUUCCUUUCUCAUUGCAGAAAAACCUGCUGAUAAUCCUCUGACAAGCCAUACAAUAAAGCUUUCUGCUUCCCCGGACCCAGUGUUUUUUCCAGUGGUGAAGGAUUCCAGUGAAAUCUCUAUAAAAGGUAAAAAUGGAUACUUGGAACCAUCCAUCACGCUAAGAAUUUAAAUGCAACACAAGUACACUGCUCCAGCCAAAAUCCUGCACACAAAUCAAAAGGAAAGGGUUACUCCAAGAAUCGUAACCACUACAGCCCUCUGUAAUGGUUAUGAAUGAUGACCAGAGAACCGUGGCUUGGUUUCCUGGUAAUGGUGCAAAUCAUUUGGGAAUGGUUUGCACUCUUCUUACCUUGGUCUCAACCGGGCUUUGGUUUGGGGCUUAUUGCCUAAAAAGUGCAAUACUAUACUUCCUUUUUCUAGGUUAGCUGCAUAUUUUGCAUAUAGUAUUCUGUGUGUCAGGAGUGAGGGUUUCAGUGAGAAGUAAAUUUUGUACAAAGUAGGCACAUUUUUAUUUUUUUGUGUUGGGGUUUAAGCCUUUUUUUUUUUUUUUUGUGUGUGUGUGAAAAUACUAGGCGCAUGCAGUUUAGAAUGGACACACACACACACCACCACCACCCCCCCCAUAUUGUCAGACAUACGAACACAGACACACUGGCAGACAUACUGAUACAUACACUGACAGGCACACUCACAUACACUGACAGACAGUAUUCAGCUUGAUUGCACUUUAACAUUCAUCCAAUCAUUCUGCCCCAGUUCCUCAAUAGACAUAAGUUUUUAAAAUGCACUGGUGUUUUUUUUUUGUUUUUUUUUAAAACUUUUAUUUUAUGUGGGUUUGUGCAACAUUAUCAUUGUAUAGUAAAGGAAAAUGAGAAAUAUGGGGAUUUAGGCAAGAACAAAAGCUGAGAAUGUUCUCACGGACCUAGUGAUUGACUUGUGCUGCAUUUAUGAAAUAAAAUAUUUAGUACAUCAAACCUACAAGUUAAUCUCCCCAGGAUAAGCCAGUCAUUUUUGGCUGUAUGAGAUUCAUGGAAAACAUACUCAAAAAUACUGGGUACUGAUACUUGUUAAUUUCCCUUUCUCUCUCUGCUGUAGGAUCUCCGGUCCUCCCCAAGUCACUGGAUAAAGAGUGGCUGAGAAUAGCUAUCGUGGUGGGUGUUCUUGCAAUUCUAAUAGCAACAAUCUGUUUAUUGAAGAAGAAAUGUAAAGACCAAGCUGUGAAAAUUUAA